UUUCAGGGAAAGAAACUUAUACACCGCAAUUAUUGCUCGGCAUCGUAAACGUCAUUCAAUAUUAAAAUAACAAACAGCUAUCGAUAAGGACAUAUAUGUUACUCGUAAUAUAAACUGACGCAACUGAAUACAUUCGACACGUAUUCUACGUGGAGUAAUAGUUCAUUCAAGUCAUUUAGGACAUUUCAUCAUAAGAUUAUAGUCAAUGAAAAUUUUAAGUUUCUAAUUGUAGAAAUUUAUAAACAUACUUUACUCAUAAUACUCUACGAUCGAUAGAAGUAAAUAUGGAUCAUUUCUUUCGAUUAAUGAAUGAAGCGAUUUUGAACUAUGUCUCACAAGGAACAAGUGAUGAAAAUUUGAUUGAAAAUACAAUGAACCGUCUAAUAGAAAAUAAAAUAUUUCUAAACAUAAAACGUGAAUCAAAAAAUGAAGAAACCGCUAAAAAAAAGUUAGAAGAAGGGAAUAAGAUGAUAUCAAGUGCACCGCUAGAAAAAUUGAUAGAAAUUUAUAGUGAGGCGAUAGCUUAUGCACUACCUGAUUCAGAAUUAUUAGCACGUGGAUUUGCAAAUCGCUCGGCAGCACUAACAAAUGGGGGUAUGUAUGAAGAUUCUUUGAUGGAUAUAGAAAGAGCAUUUAAAAUCGGGUAUCCAGAUAAUUUAAAGGCUAAAUUAUAUGCUCGCAAAGCAAAGAAUUUGUUAGCUUUGAAUUCAAUGACGCGCUCUGAAGUUGAUAAUGCCAUUACCCAAGCAAACAUUUGGGUAGAAAAAAUGGAAGAUGAUAACAAAAAAAGAGUGAAAAGCAGUUUAGAUCAACUGAAGACAAAGAAAUCGUUAAAAAAACCUGUUAAAUUUUGGGAAAAAAGUGAAUUUUUACCUAAAACACCAGAUGAUAAUCCGAAAAUAUUGAGAGCUUCAGGUUCUAUUGACAUAAAAAAUUCUAAAACAUUUGGUCGUCAUAUUGUAGCUACCAAAGAUAUUAAGGCAGGUGAAACUCUCUGGGUUCACAGAUCUUACGCAUUCACAUUAAAGUCUCGAUACAGAUAUCAAUAUUGCUGGAAUUGUGCGAGAUAUACUUUGAGUUGCGUUCCUUGUAAUCAGUGUUCAAACGUUAUUUACUGUAAUGAAAGAUGUCGAGAUAUCGCAUGGCAUGAGCAUCAUGAUGUUGAAUGUCCAGCAAUUACUGCAGUUUUAGCUAUUGAUAUUGAUAAUGAAGAAAAAUGUUUGCUUGGGGUGAGAUUAUUAGUAAAAGCUUUGAAAGAAUUUGGAACAGUCAACGCAUUGUGGGAAAAAAUCAAAGAGAUUGAUUUAAUAGAGGACCCGAUUUUAAAACUGUUUACUGGAAACGUAUACGACGAUACAAAAUAUGCGAGCGUUUAUUCAUUAUUUCGAUUAAAAUCGAAUCCAGUACUUACAGAAGGCCUAGCAUUCAAAAUCGUUGGAAUACUAUUCCUGUUAGUUAGAACUACUGAAAUACUUGGGAAAAGAUAUGAUGAUCCAACUGAGUUGAUGAACAACAAGUGGGCAGUUUUCAUUGGGAACUUGAUGUUUAGGCACAUGGAAAUAAUUCAGACGAAUUCAAUCGACAUGUUCUCAAAUAAUCGUCAAGGAAGUAAUAUAAAAUGUGGUUCCUUUUUGGCACCACUCGAAGAUUUAUGUAGCCAUAGUUGUGAUCGCAACACCUACCCAUUAUCUACAGGUGAUAUCAAUGCUACAAUUGCAGUUCAGCCAAUCAAAAAGGGUCAACAAAUAUAUCUCACCUACGGGCCAUAUUUUCAAGAAUUACCGGCGUUUCAAAGAAAACAGUUUAUACGAAUGUUUUUCAAAUUUUGGUGUCAAUGCACGGCUUGCAUUAAUGAAUGGGGCCCAAAUUAUCGCCACGUAUCUUGUGUGGAUCAACUACCGGAAAAAACCAAUUACGAGUUGAUUAAAAUUUUAAGAAAGUGUAACACACAUAUUCCUAUAAUAAAAUUACUUAUGAAGCGUUCUACUAAAGAUAUUACUUCGAGUAAAAUUAUUGAAAUAAUAUCUGAUUUAUCAAAAAUGCUUAAUACUAUCGGCAGUGAUAGAUACCCCUGUAAAGAAAUAGUAGAAACAAAGCUUGCAUUAUUCGAAAUAUUCAACUGUAUCGCAGGGUAUAUAUAAAUGAAUAUAAAUCAGUACGAUGAGUUUGAGAAUAAUGAGCAAAUUUUCAAGCCAACAAAAUAUUAAAUCUCACAAAUUUGCUAAAAAAAAAUUUUUUUAUUCAAGAAACACUGAAUUAGUUUAAAAAUAAGUACUUUUAUAAUCACACAAUUUUUAUAAAAUUAAAAUUAUAAAUUAUAAUAAUUUUAUGAGGAAAAUA